GCGGUGUUGCGUCUAAAGACGCCCCGCCGGAAACAACUGCGUGAACAGGUUCCGUCCAGAAACAAGAAAAGGCCCUAUUUGGACGGGAGAGUCCCGAAGAAUCAUAGAAUCCUAGAGUCGGAAGACACCAGAAGGGCCACCCAGUCCUGCCAUUCAGGAACACACAACAGAUGUCCACCCAGCCUUUGCUUAAAAAGAGAAGGACACUCCACCGGAUUGGGAGGCAAUAUAUUCCACUGUUGCACAGCUCUUGCUGUCAGGAGGUUUUCCCUAAUGUUUAGAUGGAAUCUCCUUCGUUGCAAUUUGAAUCCAUUGCUCCACUGUGUCCUAGUCUUUAGAGCAGAGCUUUCCAAGCAUUGGUGUGCAAACUGCAGUGUGUAGUUGUGACGUGCAAAGAGAAGGAAGAAGGAUUCAGAAUACAUAUCCAAGAUGGAUGGACAAGACUCUGCUGCCCCCGAGGGAGAAACAUGUCUGAAUGCUAUCAAAUGUGAAGGAACUGGGGAAUUCUGGGAAAGAACAGUGCCCAAGUUCCCGGCUGAGGAUGUGGCCAGCUUAGAUCUCUAUCGCCAGCACUUCAGGCAAUUCUCUUAUCAGGAGUCCCAGGGACCCCAAGAAGCUUGCAGCCAACUUCACAGUCUCUGCCGCCAGUGGCUGAAGCCAGAACACUGCACCAAAAGUCAGAUCUUGGACCUCGUGGUCUUGGAACAAUUUUUGAGCAUCCUGCCCUCCGAGAUGGGUUCCUGGGUGAGGGAAUGUGGGGCAGAGAGCAGUUCCCAGGCGGUCAGCCUGGCAGAAUAUUUUCUCCUGAGUCGAGCUGAGGACAAGAAGCCUGCAGACCAAGGGAUAUUGCUUCCUCCCAGUGUCUGUAAGACAGAGGUUGAAGAACUCCUCGUGACUGUCCCUUCUGAUUUCCCUGUGGUAGAAGAUGCUCCGCUGGAUGCCAGGCUGAAUCCUCAGUGGAACAAAGUGAUGCAGGAGAGCGACCAAGUGCCAAAACCUGAGCCGACUUCUCAAGGGGAGCAGAGCGAAGAACCAUGGCCUCCAGAUCUGAAGGAAUUGGAUGAAGCAGAAAUCUUGGAUACGGAAUCAGGGGAUCCAGUGGGUAAUUGGACCAAAGCUAACAUAUGCGUCACCAAUGAGAAGUGUUUCAGACACAAGCUGGUUCUAGCCAAAUAUCACAGCGAAGAGAAAGAUUGUCCCAGAGAGAAGCUCUACAGAUGCAUUGUUUGUGGGAAAUGUUUUGCUCAGAAGAUGGGACUUGUGCUUCACAAGAGGGACCGUCUUGCACAGAAAGGUCUGCGAUGCGAUGUCUCCGUGAAACGUUUCGAAUACGCUUCCCACCACAUGAACCGUGAACGGGUUCAUCCAGGAAAGAAGCCACACCGAUGCCAGGAGUGUGGGAAAUGGUUUGCUUGGAAGUCGGAUCUAGUGCGGCAUAAAAGAGUCCACACAGGAGAGAAACCGUACAAAUGCCAGGAGUGUGGGAGACGUUUCUCUUUCAGUUCCUCCCUUGUGAUGCAUAAGAGGUUCCACACCGGUGAGAAACCAUACCAGUGCCCGAAAUGCCAGAAAUGUUUUACUUGCAGUUCAAACCUCCUGAGCCACCAGAGAGUCCACACAGGGAAGAAGCCAUACCAAUGCCACGAGUGCAGGAAGAGCUUUGCUCACAACACGCAGCUUGUGCGCCACAGGAGGUUUCACGCGGGAGAGAAACCGUACAAAUGCCAGGAGUGCGGCAAAUGUUUCUUUUGCAGUUCGAGCCUUCUGGUGCACCAGAGGUUCCACACGGGAGAGAAACCGCACAAAUGUCAAGAGUGUGGGAAAUGUUUUACUACGAAUUCCAACUUAGUGGUGCACCAGAGAGUCCACACUGGAGAGAAACUGCACAAGUGCAAAGUGUGUGGGAAAUGUUUUCUUUUCAAUUCGAGCCUUUUGAGUCACCAAAGAUUCCACACAGGGGAGAAGCCAUACAAGUGCCAGGAGUGUUCAAAAAGCUUUUCCAGGAAGUCGACUCUGGUGAACCAUCAUCGAGUGCACACGGGAGAGACGCCGUACAAGUGCCGGGAAUGUGGGAAAUGCUUCACUCAGAACUCAGACCUCGUGAAGCACCUGAGAGUCCACACCGGAGAGAAACUAUACAAGUGCCAGGAGUGCGGGAAAUAUUUUGCUCGGAAGUCAAGCCUCGGGGUGCACCAAAGAAUCCACACCGGAGAGAAGCCGUAUCAAUGCCAAGAAUGUGGUACUUGCUUCACAUGCAGCUCCUCUCUUCUGAGUCACCUGAGACUCCACCGAGGAGAGAAGCCGCACAAAUGUCAGGACUGCGGGAGGUGUUUUUCCCGGAAAUCGAACCUUGUGAGUCACCAAAGAAUCCACACCGGAGAGAAACCACACAAAUGCCAGGAGUGUGGGAAAGGUUUUACUUUCCGGUCCUCUCUUGUCCGUCAUCUACGGCUACACACAGGAAUGAAACCCUACAAAUGCCAGGAGUGUGGGAAAGGUUUUGCCCAGAAAUCGGACUUUGUGAAGCACCAAAGGAUCCACACGGGCGAAAAACCCUACAAGUGCCUUGUGUGCGAAAAAUGUUUUGCUUGGAAGUCCGACCUGGUGACGCACCGAAGAGUCCACACCGGGGAGAGACCCUACAAGUGCCAGGAGUGUGAGAAAUGCUUUGCUUGCAGCUCAAACCUCCUGACGCAUCAAAGGGUCCACACCGGGGAGAAACCCUACAAAUGCCAAGAAUGUGGGAAGGUCUUUGCCGACCAUUCCUAUUUCGCAAAGCACCAGAGACUCCACACGGGAGAGAAGCUGUUCAAAUGCCCCGAAUGCGGGAAAUGUUUUGCCGAAAAGCAAGACCUUGUCAAGCACCAGAGGAUCCACACAGGAGAGAAGCCAUACCAAUGCCAGGAGUGCGGGAAGCAUUUUGCCAGCAGCGCACAGGUGGUCAGCCACCAGCGGCGCCACACGGGAGAACGGCCCUUCAAAUGCCAGGAGUGCGGGAAGGGCUUCGUCUGCAAUUCACAUCUCGUCAGGCACCAGAGGGUCCACACCGGAGAGAAACCAUACGGGUGCCAGGAAUGCGGGAAAUAUUUCACUCAAAAGCAAGACCUUGUAGGCCAUCAGAGGAUCCACACCGGAGAGAAACCAUAUAAAUGCCCAGAGUGUGAAAAAUGUUUUGCUCGCCAUUCACACCUCGCAAAGCAUCAAAGAGUCCACACGAGAGAAAAACCUUAGAAAUGUCUGGAAUGGGGAAAGGUUUUGCUUUCAAGAUAGACCGAAUGAUACAUCAGGGAGUUCAUGCAGGACAGAAUUUGUUUGCAAAUGUCAGGUCUAUGGAAGUGUAGUAUUGGUGCAGUAUUUCUCCGUGUGUACAGUAGAGUCACACUUAUCCAACAUAAACGGGCCGGCAGAACAUUGGAUAAGCAAAAAUAUUAGAUAAUAAGAAGGGAUUAAGGAAAAGCCUAUUAAACAUCAAGUUACGUUACAGUAGAGUCUCACUUAUAGAAUCAUAGAUUCAUAGAAUAGUAGAGUUGGAAGAGACCUCAUGGGCCAUCCAGUCCAACCCCCUGCCAAGAAGCAGGAAAUCGCAUUCAAAGCACCCUUUAGGUUCGUUCGCUUAGCCAAUUACAGAUCCACCUAACCGUAGUUUUGUCUAGCCCACAUUUUACUAGUUUGUUUGCCAGAAGGUUGUGGGGGACUUUGUCGAAGGCCUUACUGAAAUCCAGGUAUGCUACAUCCACAGAGUUCCCUUAUCCAACAUAAACAGGCCAGCAGAAUGUUGGAUAAGUGAAUAUGUUGGAUAAUAAGGAGGGAUUAAGGAAAAGCCUAUUAAACAUCAAAUUAGGUUAUGAUUUUUCAAAUUAAGCACCAAAACAUCAUGUUUGACAAUAAAUUUGACAGAAAACGUAGUUCAAUACACAGUAAUGCUGCAUAGUAAUUACUGCAUUUAUGAAUUUAGUGCCAAAACAUGACAAUGUAUUGAAAACAUUGACUACAAAAACACUGACUACUAAAAGGCAGACUGCAUUAGAUAAUCCAGAACAUUGAAUAAGCAAAUGUUGGAUAAGUGAGACUACUGUAUGAUUUUAUAAACUAAGCACCAAAACAUUGUGUUUUACAACAAAUCGACAGAAAAAGCAGUUCAGUACACAAUAACAUUAUGCAGUAAUUACUGUGUUUACGAAUUUAGCACCACAAUAUCACAAUGUAUUGAAAACAUUGACGACAAAAGCAUUCACUACUGACAAAUGGACUACAAAUAAAGAUAGAAUUGCAUAAAAUGAACUUACAGUAACAAUAUGGUCGUAAAUUAAAUCCGUAAAAAGUUCAGUCCUUGCUACCUAGAGAAACAGAUGUGGAUCCGAUCGGGAGGCAGACUGCGUUGGAUAAUCCAGACUGUUGGAUAAACGAAUGUUGGAUAAGUGAGACUCUACUGUAGUUAUUGACAUUACACAGAGAGGAUAUGUUGAAUGACAGUUGUCUCUUUGUGAUUUGGUGGUGCCAAUUCGAGGCUUCUUUUGAACCGAGUAUCAUGAUUCACAUAAGUUUUGUCUCAUUUAUUUAUCGUGACCAAAGCGAAUUGAGAACACAGUUAUAAUGUAUAGAAAAACCACAAACAAAAUUUAAAACGUGGCAUUAUGCUAAAUGUCCAUUGACCAGAAGCUGUCCACUUGGAGUGCCUCUGGUGUUGCUGUGAGAAGGUCCUCCAUGGUGCAUGUGGCAGGGCUCAGGCUGCAUUGCACUAAGUGGUCUGUGGUUUGCGCUUUUUCACACUCACAUGUUAUGGACUCCACUUUGUAGCCCCAUUUUUAAAGGUUAGCUCCAGGUUCCGGGUUUUAACCUGCCACUUUUGGACUCUUGCUUGCUGAGGUCUUCCUGCAAGUAUCUCUGUAGAUCUUUGGAAGCUAUUUCUUGAUUUAAGACAUUGGCAUGCUGGCUGAUAUCCAAACAGAGGAUGGGCCGAAGAUGUCACUGCCUUGGUCCUUUCAUUAUAGGCUGCUACUUCCUGACGGCUGUCGGGUGGUGCAAUACAUCUGCUACUCUGCUGCUGAAUACACAUGCCCAGUAUGGAAGACAUCUCACCACGUUAAAGCAGUGGAUGUGGCUCUUAAUGAGACAUGCCGCCUUAUCACAGGAUGUCUACGCCCUACACUGCUGGACAGAUCAUACAAUCCCUUUAUUUUAUCCGUUUUGAAGUUAUUUAUUAUGCUUUUGACACGAAAUAAAUAAAAGCAAUGUUACUCACUAUGAAAAUGUUGCUGUGAUUUUGAAAAAUUUACUACCUGGGUUAUUUCUAAAUGAUGUCAUUGAGAAAUCCCAUUUCAAGUGCACACGGGCCUUUGGUAAACAUUGGGACUUAGAAUCAUGGAAUAAUAGAGCUGGAAGAGACCACAUGGGCCAUCUAGUCCAACCCUCUGCCAUGCAGGAAAAGCACAGUCAAAGCACCCCCAAUAGAUGGCCAUUCAGCCUCUGUUUUAAAGCCUCCAAGGAAGGAGUUUCCACCAGACUCCCAAGGGAGAGAGUUCCACUGCUGAACAGCUCGUAUGGUUAGGAAGUUCUUCCUAAUGUUAGGUGGAAUCUCCUCUCCUGUAAUAUGAACCCAUUGCUCCAUUGAGUCCUAGUUUCCAGGGCUGCAGAAAACAAGCCCGCUCUUUCCUCCUUAUGACAUCCUUUCACAUAUUUACAUGUGGCUAUCAUGUCUCCUCUUCUGCAGGCUAAACACACCCAGCUCUUUAAGACGCUCCUCAUAGGGAUUCAUGGUCUCCAGACCUUUCAUCAUUGUAGUUGCCUUCCUCUGGACACCCUCCAGCUUGUCAAUACAGUAGAGUCUCACUUAUCCAAGCUAAACGGGCCGGCAGAACCUUGGAUAAGCAAAUUAUCUUGGAUAAUAAGGAGAGAUUAAGGAAAAGCCUAUUAAACAUCAAAUUACGUUAUGAUUUUACGAAUUAAGCACCAAAACAUCAUGUUAUACAACAAUUUUGACAGAAAAAGUAGUUCAAUAUGCAGUAAAGUUAUGUUGUAAUUACUGUAUUUACGAAUUUAGCACCAAAAUAUCACAAUAUAUUGAAAACAUUGACUACAAAAAUGCCUUGGAUAAUCCAGAACCUUGGAUAAGAGAGACUCUACUGUAUCUCUUAAAUUGUGGUGCCCUGAAUUGGACAAAGUAUUCCAGGUUGUGAGAGAAUAUGAAAUAAGAAACUCCAUAUGAGAUGAGUUAACUGGAAAGGGAGUUGCUAUGGCGACAGCUGGUUGGCUGAGGAAGCUAACGUUCUGAUUGGUUGCUGCCUCUGGCUUGGCAGAAGCAAACCCAACGGUUUUUCCAACUGAUUUCAGUUUCAGUUUUGUCUUCUCUUCUGGAGGGUGAGGGAAAGGUGCUGACAGGAAUUUUUACUCAGGAAUGUAAUGGCUGUCGUGCCCUCCAAAAUUUGACUAUUUAAAGAAGAAAUGAUACAUGUUUAAAAGGGGCUGUUACAUAUUGUUGCCUUGUGUAUAUGUUUGAACGCUUAAACUUGAAUAAAGCUACUGUUACUGUUUUACUCAAGCCUAAAGUGACACAGCAGAGUUUAUAUUGAUUUAAAGAUGGUGAUAAAGCUUCUAUUUACAUAUUUAUUUUAUUUACACAAACCACAACACAGGUGAAGUCUGACCAAAGCAGAACAGAGAGGCACCAUGACUUUCCUUGACCUAGAUGCUAUACUUCUUUUGAUGCAGCCCAAAAGUAGUCUAGUGCUCAUGUAAUUUUGGCCAAAUAUAACAGUAUCAUGCCUACUGGGAGCACAUAACUUCCCUGUUAUGUCAGCUUCAGAGCACAAUUCAAAGUGCUGGUUUUAGCCAAUAAAGCCAUAGACGGUUCUGGCCCAGCUUACCUAUCCAAACAUAUAUCCCUCUAUGAACCAUCUCGAAGGUUAAGAUCUUUUGGGGCGGCCCUGCUCUCGGUCCCACAUCCUUCGCAAGUGCAGCUGUUGGGGAUGUGGUGGUCCCUCAACUGUGAAACUCCCUUCCUAGUGAUAUGAGAUCAGCCUCCUCCCUCCUGGCAUUUAGAGAACAAGUAAAAUCCUGGCUUAAGAAUCAGGCGUUCAUAGACUAACUCUAAUGCAAUAGACAGCUGGGAUUCAAUGUGACUAUAACUGGAAUGGUUCAUUAAUGUCUUUCAUUACGGACUAUGUGGUUGUUUUAAUUGCUGUUUUAAAUCCUAUUUUAAUUGCAUUUAUAUGUGAUUGUUUUGCACUUAACAAUGUAAUGUUUAAUGUAUUUAUAAUGUUAUGUUUGUUUCGAUGUGGCAUCGAAUUGUGCCAAGUUGUAAGGCACUCUGAGUCCCCCCUUGGGGUGAGAUAGGGUGAGAUAGAAAUACGAUAAAUAAUAAAUAAUAAUAAUAAUAAUAAUACUGAAAGUUUGCGGCCAGUGAUAUAUGACAAUUACAUGCGAUAAAUUUACUUUAUCUAAAAAUACAUAUACAAUACAUAAAACUGUGUUAAAUAAUGCCAUGUUUGUCU